GGUCGGCCACUCCAGUCUUCCAAAACGAAGCAAAAGCAACCGUCGAGCUUGCAACGCCUUACGCCUCCACACUCAACAGUCAUGGUCGUCAUGGGCAAGGAGCAGCAACACGAGGAGGAGGAGGUGCAAGGGAAGGUCGUCCAAGAAGAAGUGCAAGUCGUCCAAGAGACGGUGGUGCCGGUGCCGUCGGAGGAGGACAAGGAGGCCGAGGCGGCGCUGGUGCACAAGAUCUCCAGCCUGGCCGCCGCCAUCGCGAAGCUGCCAUCCCUGAGCCCGUCGCCGGAGGUGAACGCGCUCUUCACCGAGCUCGUGACGGCGUGCAUCCCGCGCAGCAGCGUGGACGUGGAGCGGCUGGGCCCGGAGCUGCAGGAGAUGCGCGGCGGGCUGAUCCGCCUCUGCGCCGACGCGGAGGCGCUGCUGGAGGCGCACUACUCCGACCUGCUGGCCUCCUUCGACAACCCGCUGGAGCACCUGUCGCUCUUCCCCUACAUCAACAACUACAUCCUGCUGAGCCAGCUGGAGCACGGGCUGCUGGCGCGGCACGUGCCGGGCCCAGCGCCGGCGCGCGUGGCCUUCGUCGGGUCCGGCCCGCUCCCGCUGAGCUCCCUGGUGCUCGCGGCGCGCCACCUUCCGGGCGCCUCCUUCGACAACUACGACAUCUGCGGGGAGGCCAACGACCGGGCGCGGCGCCUGGUGCGCGGCGACGGCGCGCUCCAGGCGCGCAUGGCGUUCCGCACCUCGGACGUGGCGGACGUGACCCGGGAGCUGGCGUCGUACGACGCCGUGUUCCUGGCGGCGCUGGUGGGCAUGGCGGCCGAGGAGAAGGCCCGCGUGGUGGCGCACCUCGGGAGGCACAUGGCCCCCGGCGCCGCGCUGGUGGUGCGGAGCGCGCACGGCGCGCGCGGGUUCCUGUACCCCGUGGUGGACCCCGAGGAGAUCCGGCGCGGCGGAUUCGACGUGCUCGCCGUGCACCACCCGGAGGGGGAGGUGAUCAACUCCGUGAUCAUCGCGCGCAAGCCCGUUGCCGUCGACGCGCACGCCACCGGCGGGGUGGGGCACGCGCACGCGCACGCGCACGGCGCCGUGCUCAACCGGCCCUGCCUCUGCUGCGAGAUGGAGGCCCGGGCGCACCAGAAGAUGGAGGAGGUGGCCGUCGAGCAGCUGCCGUCCUAGGCAGGCGCACACCGGCGUCCUCGCUUUCUUGUCCGUCCGGCCGCCCAUUUGAUUUUCGGAGUUGCAUCUAUCUCAUCUAAUAUGGAUCCAUCCAUCCAUCCAUCUAUAGCAGUAUUAUGUAUGCAUCCACAUGGUAAUAAUCUGGCUGACCGCAUCCGCAUAUCGUCGUCUCAUCGUCCAUCUAUACCUUGAAAGCUACUAAUUAAUUACUGAGUUAUUAUUACUACUGUUUUUACUACUACUACGUACAACUA